GUUCCCAUGUACUGGCUGGUGGGCGGGUCUGUGCUGCAGCUACACACACACACACACACACACACACACAAGCGCGGAACCGAGAGACUGCGCGAGACUUCGCCAUGCGCGCCGUAACACAUCGCCAGAGCAGAAGCAUGAGAAAGCCCAGUUUCUUACAGCUGAGGGUUUAGGAGAACCAGGAAACUAGUCUGGUCCGCACUUCCGCCACACACACACACACACCAUGGAGCGCGCCUUAACGGCUACAGGAAGGUCGAAUCCGAACCAGAACCCGAACCACAACCACGCGGACUGGACACGGAGGAGUACCGGAAGAGGAGGAGGAGGAGGAGGAAGGAGGCCUCAGCUGGAAGGAGUACUGAGUAAAUACACCAACCUGAUCCAGGGCUGGCAGAACAGGUACUUUGUUCUGGAUGAAGAGCUGAACCAGCUCCACUACUUUGUGAAUGAACAUGGGCGCAGUCAGAAACCCAGAGGGACCCUCCCUCUGAUUGGUGCAUCAGUUACUGUGAGUGAUGAAGCACCUCACAUGUUUGUCGUCAACUCGGCCAAUGGGGAGCUCUUCAAACUCCGAGCGGUGGACAGUAGAGAGCAGCAGUUGUGGAUGUCUCACAUUCAGUCCUGUUCCACAGACAGCAGUGUGAGGACACUGAAGGACACUGAUGAGCAGCUGAGUGUGGACAGGACAGUCAGUAGUUUAGACACACAGGGUUCAUCACGUCGGAGUUUGUCUCUCCUCCCCUCUGCCUCUUCCUCCACUUCUUCCUCUCCGAGGCUGCAGAGACAUCUCCCUCACCUUCCUCAUCUUCCUCAUCCUCACAGAUCUCCUGCGACUCCACGCCAUGCCAAACACACACAUGUUCAGCAUGACACACUGCUGGAGGUCAGAGAGGUGAUUAGUCAGGCAGAGUGUCAGCAAAAAUCCCUUGUCCACUCCAUCGAGCUCCUCCCCCGGCGAGGGGGCGUGUCCUGUCUGGAUCAAGACUUGCUGCUGCUGAAGGCUACGUCAGCCGCCACACUGCGCUGCCUCGCUCAGUGCCUCAGUAUGCUACAGCAACACAGACACGCCCAUAGCCUGACAGACUCCGCCCAGACACAGGCCCCGCCCUCUGAGGAAUGUGACAUGGACAGUGUAAACACUGCAGGCUGCCAGGGGCCUCUGCUCAGCGAAGACCAAAUGAACACAUGCUGAGCUCAAUCCUUCUGGGAUACCUUUAUUAUUUUCUGAAAGAAAGGGCUCAGUCUUUCCCGGCAUUAUGAAGUGUGUGUGUGCGUGUGUGUGUGUGUGAAUUUAACUAAUGCACUUUUCUUCCUAUGCUGGAAUAACCAAAGCAAACACAGUGCCUGAAGCUCCUUCAUCAACACAGCCAAACACAUCCAAUAAAACAUUUCUGUCUUAUGUGGUGAA